GAAAUAAUGAUGGCGUACAAUGUCGUGUGAUGAUUUUUAUUGAAGUGAACGACCAAAUAAAUUGCGUAUUUGUCGAAGUUAUUUUAUUUUUAUGUUAUAUCUUGUGAAACCGUUACUGAAGAGCUUUGCUUCUGAAUUAAAUGAUUAUGGUAUUCUAAUCCUAUAAAAUGGCGGAAGUGGACCCUGAGACAUUACUGGAGUGGCUCCUAACAGGCCAGGGAGAUGAGCGUGACAUGCAGCUUAUCGCUCUCGAGCAGCUUUGUAUGUUGCUUCUCAUGUCUGACAAUGUCGACAGAUGCUUUGAAAGUUGUCCUCCAAGAACAUUUUUGCCUGCUCUCUGCAAAAUAUUCCUUGAUGAAUGUGCUCCGGACAAUGUACUAGAAGUUACUGCAAGAGCUAUAACUUAUUAUUUGGAUGUUUCUGCUGAAUGCACAAGGAGGAUUGUAGCUAUUGAAGGUGCUGUUAAAGCUAUCUGCAGCAGGCUGCUUACAGUUGAUCCUAACAAUCGCACAAGUAAAGACUUGGCUGAGCAAUGUAUCAAAGUCCUAGAAUUGGUGUGCACCCGCGAAGCAGGCGCGGUGUGGGAGGGCGGCGGGCUGCCCGCGGUGCUGCACUUCAUCACGCAGCACGGCACCUCCGUGCACAAGGAUACCUUGCACUCCGCCAUGGCUGUGGUUUCUAGGGUGUGCGGCAAAAUGGAGCCGGGCGAUGCUCGUGUGGGCGACGCGGUGUCGUCCCUGUCGUCGCUGCUGCGGCACGGCGACGCGCGCGUGGCGGACGCGGCGCUGCGCUGCUUCGCCUCGCUGGCCGACAGGUUCGCGCGGGCACAUGCUGACCCUGCACCGCUAGCUGAACACGGUCUGAUAGAAGAGCUGGUACGUCGCUUGGGAAGCACAGAAAGCAGCGAAGACAAAUGUCUGUCACCAUCUGUAUCUACCACCGUUAGCUUGCUCUCCACUUUGUGCCGGGGUUCGUCUCAGAUUACACAUGAUUUGGUCCGCCUAGAGUUGUGCUCGGCAAUAGAGACGGCCGUGCAAGCGGACGAGAGGUGGUGUCUGGAGUGCAUGCGACUUGUUGACCUGUUGCUCGUGCUGCUGUGUGAAGGACGACACGCAAUACAGACGGGUCUAAAUCGUAAUGGCGGCUCAGCGUCUGGCUCAAGCAGCGGGGGCGCUAGCGGCGAAGGUUCCAGCGGGGGUUCCACUCGAGGCGACAAGUCUCACCGACAACUCAUAGACUGCAUCCGAGGCAAAGACACCGAUGCCUUGCUCGCGGCCGUCACGAGCGGCGCCGUCGACGUCAACUUCACCGACGAUGUCGGUCAAACGCUGCUCAACUGGGCGGCCGCUUUCGGAACUAAGGAGAUGGUCGAGUUCUUAUGCGAAAAGGGUGCGGAUGUAAACCGCGGUCAGCGUAGUUCUUCCUUACACUACGCGGCGUGUUUCGGUCGGCCGGCGAUCGCCAAAGUGCUACUACGAUACGGCGCCAACGCAGAUCUGAGAGAUGAGGACGGCAAGACACCGCUAGAUAAAGCUAGAGAAAGACACGAUCAAGGACACAGAGAAGUAGCAGCGAUAUUGCAAUGUCCCGGAGAGUGGUUAGUGGUCGGCAAUCACGACUCGCCGACAUCAUCAAACGAAGAUGAUUUUCCAGACACUGGUGAUAAGGAAAUGGCUGCUAUUUAUCUUGAACGUUUAGUGCCUCUGUUUUGCUCGCGCUACCUCGGCGCUGGCGGCGCUAGUGUGCGUCGCGCCUGUCUGUCUCUCGUCCGCAAGAUGGUGCACUACGCGCCGUCCAGCCUGCUGCGUAGAGCGCCGCACACCACGCCCGCGCUACUGACGCAGCUCGUGGCCGCCGUGCUGGACAACGUGGGCGAGAUCGGCGUGCGGCGCUGUCCGCCGCGGUACCUGCGCUCCCGCUAUAUUCGCCCCCCAGCGGACGACGACGAUGGUCACCUCAUCGUACUUGGCAUUGCUGAAGAACUAAUGGUGAAGGCUGCCGAAAUAUAUCUGGAGCAGUUUGCAAGGCUUGGCGUCUUCAGCAAGGUGGAAGCGUUGGCCUCGGAGCCCGCCUCGCAAGUUUCGUCUGAUGGAGAAACUAGCAUUGCAGGUAGUAGUGAAGACGCAACAUGCCUAUCCCAUGGCGUGGCGUACUCUUGGGGCGAGUGGUCCCUGUGCCGCGGACGCGACGCUCUAUACGUGUGGAGCGACACCGCCGCGCUCGAACUCAGUACCGGCAGCAACGGGUGGUUCCGGUUCCUCCUGGACGGCAAGCUGGCCACAAUGUACUCUAGUGGCAGCCCCGAGCAUCAGACUGAUAAUACCGAAAAUCGUGGAGAAUUCAUCGACAAAUUGCAAAGAGCUAGAGCUUCCGUGAAGAAUGUAGUACCUCAACCCAUACUAUCUAAGCCAGGGACAACUAGACUUAUCCUCGGAAAUUGGGCAUUAUCCUGCAAGAAGGAGAAAGAAUUGCAAAUACACAAUACAGAUGGCCAGCAGCAAACGACAAUACUGAAAGAAGAUCUGUCUGGAUUUAUUUUCGAAUCCAAUCGCGGCACUAAGCAUACAUUUACAGCUGAAACAUUUUUAUGUCCGGAGCUCGCCACAGGUUGGACAAACCGUCGCCCUGUGACUUCAGAUUGCGCGACGUCCAAUCAAAAUAGAUCUCGUUCAUCUGCAAAAGCUGAAGCCCUCAAAGCACAGGUUCGAUCGCGCGCCCGAGCCCUGUUCUCCCGGCACCUGAGCCACGCGGCGACGCGCCAGCCGCGGCCGCCCGUGGCGCGCCUGCGCGUGCUGCUGGCCAGGACGCAGCGCCUCGCCACGCAGCCCACAAAAGAUUGGCAGGCGGAACUUCGCGAGUCACUGGACCAGCUGACAGAACUAUUGUGCGGGGACGAACUGCUGUCCGCGUACGAAUUGCAGUCAUCCGGCCUCGCCCCUUCUUUGUUACAAGUGCUUUCGCCGCAGCCCAAUGAUGCACCAGGACAGGCCAGCGAACGCGAGCGUGUGGUCCGAGAAUGGGUUUCCAGCGAUUCCGGCCGAGCGGGCGCUACGCUCGCGUCCAGGCUUGUUGGCGUACUAGAAAGCGUUGAGCGAUUGCCCGUGCUCGCCCCUCCCGGCGACGCCCCGCCCCCCACCUCAGCCGCCUCCCUCCAUCACCUCGCCAAACGGAUACGACUCCGAGUGGAACGAGCGAACGAGGACUCCAACGAAGAUUCAGGUUCGAACAACGGCAACAAUGCCGGUCGUAGCUUGAAAGUGGAAGCGUUGACGACGGUGCGCCAGUUGGAGAGGUUCCUGGCGAAGUCCGUGGCGCGCCAGUGGUACGACAUGGACCGUGCUACGUUCAACUUCACGCAGAAAAUCAAAGCCGAGGCGCCUAUCACUUUUAAUUAUGACCACGAUUUCGACGAGAACGGCCUCAUAUAUUUCAUUGGCACCAACGGCGGUUCCUGCGAAUGGGUCAACCCCGGUGCUCAUAAUCUAAUCUGCGUGUGGUCUUCAGACGGAAAACAGUUGCCAUAUGGCCGCGUCGAGGAUGUCCUAUCACGGUCACCAGAACCACUGAACGUUCAUACAAAUGAUGAUAGACGAGCCUUUAUAGCUAUGGAUCUUGGAGUACAUAUUGUGCCCACAGCUUAUACGAUGCGUCACGCGCGUGGAUAUGGCCGUUCGGCACUGAGGAACUGGCUAUUCCAAAUGUCAAUGGACGGUGUGACAUGGAGCACGUUACUGGCUCACAACGACGAGCAAGCGUUACAAGAACCAGGCAGCACGGCCACUUGGAGACUGAGAGCAGACGCUCCAUACCGCUACCUACGCAUACAACAAAACGGGAAGAACGCAAGUGGACAGAACCACUACCUAUCUCUGUCUGGGUUCGAGAUUUACGGCAAGGUGGUGGCCGUAGUAGAAACUGGUCCCAAGCAAUGCGGCGCGACCAAUCACGUGACGUCCGUGCAGAGCGGCGGCGCGGCGGCGGGCGCGCGCGCGCGGCGCUGGUCGCGCGGCGCGCGCGGGCUGUGCGCCGGCGCCAGGGUGGUGCGCGGCGCCGACUGGAAGUGGAGGGACCAAGACGGACCGCAACCCGCAGUCGGCACAGUCACUUCGGAUUUACACAACGGAUGGGUCGAUGUCAAAUGGGACCAUGGCGGUCGCAACUCGUACAGAAUGGGCGCUGAAGGCAAAUACGACCUCAAAGUGGUGAGCGGCGCGGGAGUGGUGGGCGGCGCGGGGCCGGCGGCUGCGGAGACGGCCCGCGCCGGCCGCAAGAGCCACUCCACGCCCAGCCUGCCUGACGCCACUGCUGUGGAUCACCAGAUAUCCGUGGCAUCAACGGAACAGGCAUCAUCCGCAGACAACAUCUCCGGCGAGGAGCUGGCCAGCAACAUGUCGCGGCCGCGAACUCACGCCACAGACCUGUCCGCCAUAAAUAACUCCACGCACCACAUUAACACAGAUCUGGCUACAAUAGUAGAGUCGCUAACUUUAGGGGCAGAAGGCAACAACUGCAUGCCAGAUUUAGGAAACACAUCAUUUACCAACAUGGAAAUGGGACCUACGAGCAUUACCGACAUCACCAAACCAUAUCCAGCCAAAGAACCUUUACCUGAGGCCAACCCACAAGAAGAAGGUACAACGCACGAAGGGGACGCUGUACGUAACAGCGCGAACGCUUUACUCUCCACUGAUCUGUUGGGGCUGCCCGCUUCUCUGCUGCACACCUUGAGGAACAAUGUCAACCGUCUACAUAUACAGUGCGAAGACAGCGAAAGCGGUGAAUCGCAGUUCACCGAGCAUAAGAAAGACAACCAAUCAGGAGCCGGCUCCGGAACUAUGAGCGCCAGUGAACCAGAUCUCACACAGCAGGGUGCCGCACGGUUGUUGGAGUCCCUAGGAGUUAGCAGGCCGAGUGCGGGAAGUGCACAGCGCGGCAACAGCGCGCAACGGGCCAAUCGCACCAAUCAUACCAAUAGCCUUUUCCCAAGUUUGGUCCGACUGGCGCUUUCGAGCAAUUUCCCCGGGGGCCUUUUGUCUGCGGCGCAAAGCUAUCCGUCGUUGGCGCCAAAUGCUCAAAACGCACUGACAUUAUCCCUCACAUCUACUUCCAGUGAAAGUGAACAAGUAUCGCUAGAAGACUUCCUCGAGUCGUGCCGUGCGCCCGCGCUGCUCACAGAACUGGAAGAUGACGACGAGGCCGACGACGCGCUCGAUAGCGACAAGGAAAAUGAACCUACUUAUCAGGAAGUGGUGUCCCGCAAUCUACUUUCGUUGAUGGAGGAAGAAGCAUUGGAGGCCGUUCGCGGAGUAAACGGUUCAAGAUCUCGCAGGCCCUGGGACGAUGACUUUGUGCUGAAGCGGCAGUUCUCGGCGCUCAUUCCCGCCUUCGACCCCCGACCUGGCCGCACCAAUCUGAACCAGACAGUUGAUCUCGACAUACCGCUCAACGAGGAGUCUGAUGCCGAGGAAGACUCCGAGCCCGAACGUGUCGCAAGCGAAAGUAGCGAGGCAGCAACCGCUGCAAGCGGCCGCUUACCCGCUUUACGGCUAGUACUAAGCGCUGGAGGCGCUUCCGUAGCGCUGCAGCGGCCAUCAUGGACACUGUACCGCGCAGUGCUUGCGCUUAACUCUAGGAUGAGAGACGCAGCCAGGGAUACUACGUAUACGCUAACAUACAAGGAGAUUGAGGGCAUGGAAACGUUUGCCUCCUCUAGCGACAGUGAAGAUGAUGAACCUUCUGAUCCAGAGCGCGGCGUCUGCGGCGCGGAAGGUCCAGAGGGCGCCAUGGUGUCAUGCUGCGUUCGAGUGCUGCGGCGGCUACGAGCGGCCGCGCCUUCCCUGCCCUGCGAGGCGUUCGUGUCCACCAAGCUCACCAACAAGCUGCACCAGCAGCUGCAGGAGCCGCUCACCCUGGCUGCGGCCGCGACACCGCCCUGGUGCCAACAACUGAACGACUGGUGUCCAUUCCUGUUCCCGCUCGAGACGCGGCAGAUGUUCUUCGCGUGCACCGCAUUCGGCACGUCGCGCACCAUUGUGUGGCUACAAGCGCAAAGGGAUAGAGCGCUUGAGAGGCAAAGAGCUGGCAACACAGUUUCGCCGCGUCGUGCGGAACUAGAAGCCACGGAGUUCCGUAUGGGCAGGCUGCGGCACGAGCGCGUGCGGAUACCGCGACAACCGCAUCUAUUGAGAUCUGCUAUGCAGGUGAUGCGCGUCCACGCCGGCCGUAAAUCAGUCUUGGAAGUAGAAUUCGCAGGCGAAGAAGGAACAGGUCUGGGACCAACACUAGAGUUCUACGCGCUGGUGGCCGCCGAGCUGCAGCGGGCAGACCUCGGCAUGUGGCUCAGCGACGCCGACCACGCCGCGCCCGACCAGCAGCUCGUGCUGUCGGAAGAAAAGCCUCCUGGCUACUACGUGUCUCGCGCGGGAGGUUUGUUCCCGGCGCCGCUGCCACAAGACUCGCCUAUCUGUGAUAAAGUUUGCAAAUAUUUCUGGUUCUUAGGAGUAUUUUUAGCUAAGGUGCUACAAGAUGGUCGUCUCGUAGAUUUACCAUUAUCAGAGCCUUUCUUGCGCAUCAUGUGCGGAGAAGAGCUACGACCAGAGCAUUUAGAAGAAAUCGAUCCAAUUCGACACAGGUUCCUACAAAGCGUUCUCGCUGCGGCUGACGAAUAUGAUGCUGUGAUCCGCGAUCAGUCUCUGUCUACUGAGGAGAUAAAUCGGCGAGCGGAGGAGAUCACGGUAGAGGGCGCUACGUUUGCAUCGCUGGCUCUUACUAUGACAUAUGUGGCGGCCAGUGCAGAUCCGGAAGUGGCCUUGCAGCCUCUGUGCGAUAGCGGGGAGCAUAUUGAGGUGGGCCCUGUAAACGCUCGCGCGUACGCCGAACGCAGCGCUCGUUGGGCCGUGCGCGAAGGAGUUCGCCGGCAGAUGGCCGCCUUCCGCGCCGGGUUCGGAGCCGUGUUCCCGCCCCGAAGACUACGAGCUUUCUCUCACACCGAGCUCAGACUCCUCGUUUGUGGCGAGAGGGGGCCCGUGUGGACCAGGGAGCAUCUGCUGGCGUAUACAGAGCCUAAGCUGGGCUACACUCGAGACAGCCCCGGUUUCCUCCGCCUGGUGGAGGUGCUGGUGGAGAUGUCUCCGCUGGAGCGCAAGGCGUUCCUGCAGUUCGCGACGGGCUGCAGCAGCCUGCCGCCCGGCGGGCUCGCCAACCUGCAUCCCCGCCUCACUGUGGUCAGGAAGGUGGACGCAGGAGACGGGUCGUAUCCUUCGGUGAACACGUGUGUACAUUACCUGAAGCUGCCAGAAUAUUCCUGCAAGGAAGUGCUGCGUGAGCGGCUCUUGGCGGCGACCAACGAGCGGGGCUUCCAUCUCAACUAGAUCUAACAUCUAAUACUUAUUGUCCUUUAAAUAUAAUUUGAUUUCUGUGACGGCAGGGUGGACCGAUAUCAACGACGUAAGUGCGAAAAAGACAAACAAAAUGUAUGCAUUUGACAUCUGUCACAGAGCUAAAGUAAUCUUUAGGAAAGGUAUACAUUAUACACAUUCGAUGUUUAAGAUUUUUAACAGUUCAAGUGAAUAACAAACCUAAGACCGUGUUAAAAUGCAGGCUCAGUUAUAUUAUUGCACGAUUCCAUUAGCUAAAUAAAAUAGAACACCUUUACGAUGAGCUGCUGAUUUCUUGAAAAACAUAUUUACGUACUACCUUUAUGAAAAAUAUGUCGCUAAUUUUAGUUGCACAUACAUCUUUAUUCAUAACAUUGUCAAUGGUUGCUCACAUUGAUCGAAUUAAUUCUGAGGGAAAACUCAUAAAAAUAAUAUAAUCAUUAAAGUGGCCGGGGUUUAGACAUUCUACUUAACAAAUUAGAAAUAUUUAGUCUUCGUUUGGUUUUCAGUGAGUUUCUCUUAUCAUGAUGAAUGUAGAAUUAAAAUUUAAUUAAUAUGGGUGAGAAAAGAGGCUGUUUAAAAAUAAUUGUUCCCUUAUAUACUUAUUUGGAUUUCUUAUUCUUCAUUUGCGUUUUCAGUGAUAUACAAAACAUUAUAUUUUUGGAUUGAUCCAAGCUUGUUUAGUUUGUAAGUGGCAAAGUUUAAUUAGUUUAAAAGCACCAUUUUGUGUGCAACUGAUUAUAGAAAUAUUAUUGUUUGUGUAUGUUAUUUCUGAUUCAAUUUAUACAAUAUGUCUAGUUUAUGAUUCGAACGCAAAUACAUUUUUAUAAUCGUGUGCGAGUAUCAAAAAAUUAAUAAAUCACACAUAUUUCUUGACGUUUUGGUAAUAUUUGUAGUAUACCUUGUACUGGUUCAUGAAGUUAACAGUUCAAAAGCAGUUGGUAAUGUUUAGAAUGCGAUCUAAUUUUGAGGUGGUUUCAAGUAUUAUUGAAUGAAUAGAAAAAAAUUGAUGAUUUUUUUGUCUCAUAAGUCUAGUCAAUAUUUGCGAAUAAAUUUCUUAAUGAAUACUUGAAAGAAUACCUUCUGCCUGAUCCUGAUAUAAUAAAAAUUAAUAUCAACUUGGUUUGUAAAGUUUAUGAUUGAAUGCUUUUGAACUGAAUAUAUAAACAAUUCACGGAUUCUGCUGAAGCCAUGUGUAAAUUAAAUUUAAUUCAUAAAAUAAUUGAACAAAUAUAUAGGUAAUUAAAGUUAUAUUUAUAUUCAUUCUGAGGGAUUUCUUCAAAACAUGUGAUCAAAAUUAUAAAAUUUUAUAAAGUAUGCUAUACUUAAUUAUAACGUGUGAAACACUUUGUAACGAGAAAAAAAGAUUUAGAGUAUGUUCCUUUAGUUCAAUAAUAUUAUUUGUCAGCUGGAAGCUGACUGUGAUUUCCAUUAUAAUUAUAACAAUAAAAACGAAUUAAAAUGUAUUUUGAUUUUAAUUUACAGGUAUUUAAUGUAUAAUUAUAAUAAUAGAUGAUCUUGUAGUGCUAGUGCUAUUAUACUUGUUGUUGGAAAUUGUAUCAAUAAAGUAAGUGAAAAUGAACAA